UUUUCCAUCUCUACUUUCUUACACUGUGUUUUAAAUUUAAGAAAUCAAAACAAAACAAGUUAAAUUAAAAUGUAUUGUAUUGUAUGUUAAUUAUAAUACAAUGUACAUCUUUACCACGCUAAAUAAUAUUAUUAAAUAUGAUCGGAACAUGUUGGCUGGAUAAUACAAGAAUUGGAUCUGAUACAAUUGGAUGCACGAGAAAAAAGAAGUCAUUGAUUUUUCACUAAGUUGCUAGUUAAAAUAUUAAAAAAACAUUGGUGCGGUAAGAAGUAGUGGAACUUGGACCGCAAAACAGCAAAAUGAGUGGCGACGAAAGUGGCGAGGAGAAGCAGAUCCUGAAUUUAUCCAAGAAGAAGCUGAAGAAGGUGCCCAAACAGGACGAUGCACACAGCAUUCGGCAGCUCAUCCUCGAUGAGAAUGAGCUGCAGAAGAUCGACAACAUAGACUCGUACCUCAAGAUAGAAACGCUAUCCUUGGCCAAAAACCAAUUGCUGCGGAUGUAUGGCGUCUGCAGGCUGCACUGCCUCCGCGAACUGAACCUCUCCUUCAAUGGCAUCCUAUCCAUCGAGGGACUUAAAGAUUGCAACCACCUACGCGUAUUGAAUCUGGAGGGGAACAACAUCAAGACCAUCGAGCACCUCAACACGAAUGUCAAUCUGGAAUCACUCAAUCUGGCCGAGAACAGCAUCUGCAGCAUUUCGGAUAUGUCCUUUUUGCGCAACCUCAAGGAGCUCUAUCUGCACGGAAAUCGGUUGACACAUCUCAGACUGUGCGACAAGUACUUGCCCACCUCUCUGGAAACCCUAACGCUGGCCAAGAAUGGCAUCAACGAUCUCAACGAGAUCUGCACGCUUUCCCAUCUCAGCAAUCUACUGAGCAUCUCGAUCACGGAUAAUCCCUGUGUGAACAUGACCAACAGCUUGGAUGGCUUUGACUACCGCCCCUUUGUCUUGAACUGGUGCAUGAGUCUGAAGUACAUCGAUGGCUAUGUGGUGGAUCCAAUCGAGAGUCUGAAGGCGGAGUGGCUCUAUAGCCAGGGGCGUGGUCGCCAGUUCCGAGUGGGCGAACAGACGGGCCUGGCCAAAUACCUGAGCUCCAUGUGUCCGCUGGUGGGAAAAGCGCUCGAGAAUGAGAACGACAGGAAGCUGCGCUUGAUCCUGAGUAAGGCGCAGCACCACCAGCGGCAAUUGCAGGAGGAGAUCUUGGAUAAUGCCAACAGCUCGGCCAGCACUUCGCCCUCAUCCCAUCGCAAAAAGCCCACGAGUCGCAUUCAGUCGCCACGAUUCUCCCGUUUGAGUGGCCGCCAGGGAUCGCCGGAAUCCAUGGCCAAUAGCUAUCACGGCAACAGCAGCAGCAACAACAGCAUCGUCAGCGACAACGGAUCGGCAAAUCAUUCGCUGCAGAUGAGCAUUUCGCUGAUCGAGAACAUCAAAAACGAUGGCGAGGGCUACUCGCUGGCCGGCAGCGGAAUGUCCAGCAGUGUGACCACCAAGACCUACAACUCCACGGAGUCCACGCCGAGGAAUAUAACACCAAAUCCAUACAAUGAUCAAACGUUCAUCAGUCAAACUCCGUCGGGAGGUCCAUUGGCGGCUGCCUCGAAAAUGGUGCCAGUGCCGGAGACCCUGAUGAGUCCGGAUGUCUGUCCCGCCGCCGUCGCUCAAAGAGUGACGGUUACCGCUCUCAACUCGCAGCUGCACAAGACCAAGGUCAACAAGAACAAAGACAACAAACUGAAUUUGCCGAGGGUGCGAAGUCCGCAGCUGAAGAGGAACCAGAGUCCCACGAGCAGUCCGCGCAGGAUGGCCACCAAGUCGGGCGGGGACAAAAUGCAUCAGCAGCAGGAGAAGCUACAGCAGGUGGAUGCCGGUGGCUUCAGCACUUGCUCCGACGACGAUGGCGAGCAGAUCAACAUCGAGAAGCUGCGGGCCAUCAGGAAGAUGGCUGCCCAAAAGCAGCAGCAGAUGCAUCAGGAGCAGUCGAUGAAGCAGCAGGUGGAUAACAGCCUCAACUGCGAGGAUCGCUUGAUCGAGCACGUGACGGAGUCGUCGGCCGUCACCAUCCAGAAAAUGUGGCGGGGCUAUCAUACGCGCAAGAAGACCAACAAGGACAUAGCCGAGCGACUGCAGCGAAAACGCACGCAGGAAUAUAUCGAGCAACUUGGCAAGGACAUGAUGCUAACCAAAGCCCAGCUAGAGAACGAGCGCAAGAUCCAGCAGUUGCAGAUGCAGGCCAUCAAUGCGCUGUGGAAGAAGGUGUCCACAAUGGAGGUGGAUCCCAAGGGACUCCCAGUGGCCGCAACAGUCGGAGAGGGUGAGGACUCCAACGGCGGAGGAGGAGGAGGAGGCGGUUCUGGCCACGUCAGUCUCGAUCAGAACUCGGCGGCUGUCGUCAAUGAUCUGGCCAAGCGAUGCACCAUGCUCACCGAUCAGGUUCAAAUGCUGCAGAGUUCGAUUGGGACCAUUGUCAAUUGCCUGACCAUGGUGUGCAAUCUGCCGCAGGAUGCCAUCAAGAAGCAGGCGGAGAUCAUCGACUGCAGCUCCACGCAGACGGACCUGAUAGCCGUGCACACGCCGCAGAUCGAGGAUCUCACCAAUUUUCCCUUCACCAAGACCAGGCCAUCGACUCUGGCCCUGGAGUCGAAGCACGAAUCGCUGGCAUGCCCCAAAAUCGAUGAGCUCAACGAUGUCGAUCUCAAGGAGACGCACGACGACGACGCGACUCAUCUCGAAAAGGAAGCAUGAAAAAUCCCAGUUAAUAAAAAUGAGGAGUGUAAACGCUUUAAGGAUCGAUCUCAGCGCUUAUUAAUAUUCCUCGUGUAGGCUUUUUGUGUAGCUUUUGCAACAAUUUUUAGAUCGGUUACGUUCAACAUAGAAGUAGCAGCAACAGUCACAACACACAAUUUUUUGUUACAUUUUUGAGAUGAUGUAGUUGAUGGUGGAAAAACUAAAAACAAAUCGUAAAUACAAAUUUUUGUAAAACACAAAA